UCUCAAAAUCACUGAAAGCUGAAGAUGGAUAUUAAGCGUGUGAAGGACUAUAUUUAUUGGCUCUACUACCAGUACCUACUGAUCACCUGCAGCUACGUGCUGGAGCCCUGGGAGCGGUCCAUGUUCCAUACCAUCACCGUGACUGUUUUCGCUAUGGUGGUGUACACGGCUUACGUCUUCGUCCCCAUCCAUGUCCGCCUGGCUUUUGAGUUCUUCUCCCAGAUCUUCGGAAGCCAGCCCGAAAGCACAGUUUCCAUUGUGAACUGA